AUGGCUCAGCUACAGGAGGAGGGGGGACAGGAUGACAGCCCCAACUUCAUCUCAAAGAAGGUGCGGCCAGCUGCUUUAGCCGCAUGGGGGUCCUUCGACUAUCCUAGGUCUGAGGGGGGUACCAUGAACAUCGACGAUAAUAGUUUGUGA